AUGACUAGCACAGCAGCCCCCGAGGGCGCCGGGUUGAAGGACGAGGCCGUGUCAUAUCAGAUCGACCAUGUCGAAGGCGCCAAAUCACCCGUCGAUAUCCUCGACAACUCCAACGCCGCCUCCGUUAGUACCACCUUCACCUUCUGGGAGACCAUCCGACACUACUGGCGUGCCAUGGCCGUCUGCUUCGCCUGCGGUGUCUGCGCCAUGGGUGACGGCUAUCAGUACAAGAUGCCUGGCAACAUUGUAGCCCUGCAGGGUUUUAUUCGUCAGAUGGGUACUUUUGAUGAGGCGAAGAACAAAUGGGUGCUUGACUCGCAGCAAGUUGCCGCCUGGGGUGGUAAGUUUACAUUGUCUCAUUAGGAGGUGGAUGACCAUACAAACAUGACAGCGUAAACCAUGUUGAAGGGGGGAUAUGCAACUCGGUUGCUAACAUUGACUUUGUAGGCGCCUAUGCAGCUGCCCUUGUUGCCAUUCUCCUCAUCGGUAGCUGGCCCGUCGACAGAUUUGGUCGCAAGCCCGCUCUGUGGGCAGUCCAGGUCUUCAUGAUGAUCGCCGCCAUCAUCGAAAUCUUCGCCACCAACUGGAAGCACUGGCUCGUAGCCAAGAUCCUCAAUGUAGGAACUAGAACUCCGCAAGAGAAGCAUCUACAAUUACGUGACUCCUGCUGAACCGUCUAUACAGGGCUUCUCCGUUGGUCUCAACCAUAUGACCGCCACCACUUACAUCUCCGAGAUUGCCCCUACCCGUGCUCGUGGUGCAGCACUAGGUCUGUACCAGCUCUUUGUAAGCCAACACUACAUUAGCCACCGCAGUGACUCUUUACUUGGGAUUUCUCGGCUGACAAUGUCACAGUGGGCCUUCGGUGCCUUCACCGCUGCCAUUGCCCUGCAGAUCGUCUCCAUGCUACCCGUCUCUCUGUGGCGCCACGCCGUCUACUCACAGUGGACAUUCACCGGUCUCGCCAUCAUUUGUCUCAUCUUGAUCCCAGAGACCCCCAGUUGGUACGCUGGCAAGGGCAGGCAUGAAAAGGCAAAGAGCGUGAUGAAGAAGCUUUACCGUGGCGUCCCAGGAUACGAUCUCGACCACGAGUACAGCAUCGUCCUCAAGGAGAUAGAGGAUGGCAAGAUCUUGGCCAACAGCCAGUCAGGCGUGUCUGUUCUCGACUGCUUCCGCGGUACCAACCUGGUAUGUUUCGGUUCCUCCUAGAUGAGGUGCAACGCAGCUAACAUUUACAUUCAAACAGCGUCGUACCAUUGUGUCACUUGUCCCAUUCAACAAUCAACUUUGGGAUGGUGCACCAGUUCUCUUCGUCUACACCUCAUACUUCUUUCAGCAGGCUGGUGUCGCCCAGCCCUUUAUCGCCACCGUCGCCGUCAACACAGUCCUCAUCACCUUUGUCGCCAUCAGUUUCUACACGACCGAUCGCGUGGGUCGACGUCCGCUCCUUGUCUAUGUCGGUGCCUUCAUGGUGCCACUCCUCUUCAUCAUUGGUGGUAUCCUCAAGAUGCCUCUCACUACCGCCAACAGCACGGCCAUGAUUGCCGUUUCGUAAGUUCUCAGCGCUCAGUCUUGAGCACGGUCCAUCAUCCCAGUUUUGGCUAACCAGUCCUUCGUAUAGAUGUAUCUGGGUGGCUGCCUACUCGUCUUCCGCAGGCCCUCUCGGCUUCACUUUCCUCGCCGACUGCUCUACUUCCGUACUCCGAGCUAAAACGGCCAACAUGGGCAGUCUCGCCUUCGCCCUCAUGUCGCUCGUGACCACAUACUGCACGCCCCUCAUGCUCGCGGCCCCCAACUUUGGAGUUUCCAACACCAUGUUCUUUUACGGAGCCACGUCGGCCGUCUUCGUUGUUGUCAUGUGGUUCGUCAUCCCCGAGACGAAGAAUCGCUCCUAUGUCGAGCUCGACGAAAUGUUUGAGCUCAAGGUGCCGACACGCAAGUUUGCGACAUUCGAGACGUCUGUAGAUAGAGCUAGGAAGGCCGCUGA